AUGGAGGACAACGACAUGACCGACGUACCUACAGCAUUGUUAGGCCAUCACGACUUGCUGGACCUGGAGGUCAAUGACCCUUCCAACCAUGACAUGGCUUUCAAGCGCAGUCUGCAGACUCCAGCGUGUAUGGCAUGCAGGGAAAGGAAAAUCAAAUGCAUUCCGGAUGAGAGCGACUUAACUCAAUGCAAAUUCUGCGUGAGGGAGAAGAUACGAUGUGUAAAUCGGGCGCUGCACGAAAUACCACAGCCGGGCGCGAAUGAGGAGCAGCGGCCAACCUCGCAAUAUCCUGACCCUAGUCAUCUCGGAGUGCAUGCCUUUACAUCUGGUCCGUAUGGUCCUGGAAAUGGCGCAAGUCCCUUUGGAUCUGCUGGCUUUAGCGGUCGUCAGUUGGGCCUGCCGGCAUUAGAACAAUGGCGCCAAGCCUCAGAAGAUCAUUUUCAAGGCGCGACACCGAAUGUGCACACUCGGAAUGGUGCAUUCGCUGUCACAGAGGAAUCUCAGAGUUUACAAGACAGGUUUUCCUUGAUCGAUGGAGGUGCAGGGCAAGCCGCGGCACGAAAGGCCGCUGCGCUGGCGCAUCACGCCGCAAAUACGCGAGCGCACGAUGCGGUAGGAUUCAGACCGGAAGACUACUCCUGGGCUGUAGACAUUCCUGGUAUUGACGACGGAGAAACCGAAGCAGAAGAGGAAAUCCUGUUCGAGGAUGUACCCUCACGAGGUGGAUCUACAAGUGGUCGAGGCCGUGGUCGCGGCGGUAAGAAGAAGGGCUGGCGAGCGAUUCUGAAAGGUACGGAUCACGCCAACAUUGGAAAGGUCCCGAAGAACACGAUCAGCAAGCGCGGAAGACCAAGUGAUCGUGCUAAGAACCAGGGCCGCAAGCGCAAGAAGGAGGUUGAUCCAGGUCCCGAGUUCAAACGACUCAUGGCCAAGGCGAACAAUAGCUUCAUGGAGCAGGAUUACGAAACAGCAUUGGAUUUUGUUCGUCAAGCUGUCGCAGCCAAUCCAGAGAUAUGGAGUGCACACUCUCUUCUGUCCCAGAUUCUUGAGUCCCAGGGCCGCCACGCAGAUGCAAUUGAGGCUCUACGGUAUGGUAUACCCACCACUCACGAGGCCGACAAUUGGCAGCACUUGGCAGACCUCAUGACAGACAAGCCCGAGCACGAGCUUUCGGAUGAGGUGAUCGAAGAGGCAAUAUGGUAUCUGGGUAGGGCCUUGAGUUACCGGAAGCCAGAAACUGCACAGUGGGAUAUACGGAUCAGGAAGUUCCAUCUCUACAACAUGUUACAGAAGCGUGGCCAAAACAACAAGAAUGCACGACUUGAUGCCAAGAGUAUACUGAGGAUAUGGCCCACAAAGACGCAGUUUCUGAAAGAGUUCGCAGUGCUUUGCGCAAGCUGGCCGGACAAGGGCGAGCAGGAGCUGGCAAUUCAGCGUUACGACGAGGCUUUCGCGUACUAUAUGGCUAACUGCGACAAAUUUGGUGAUGAGGACGAUCCGACUGAGGACUGGGAGCAUCUGAAUAUCUACCUGGAAAUGGUGGAGCUGGCCGGAAAUCCGUCAACUGGGGUGCAGAAAGCGAAAAGAAUUGCUCGCUGGUUUCUGGGCCGCCAAAAGGAUGCGUUCUGGGAUGGAGUCACCGACAAUGACUGCGAGUGGGAUAUCGAAGAUGACAGACGUCAGUCCGUACCGGAAUGGAUGUGGGCGAUUGGUGGGCCCGUCAGUCGUGAUCCUGCACAGUACGGUGCAGGCAUGCCAAUAGAGAUUAAAGUGCGGCUGGGCAAGCUGCGACUGAAAAUGGGACCUGAGUUUCGCGAAGAAGCUCUCAGGCACUUCAGUGAGCUAUUGCAACUCGUCGAUGCCGUCGACGACUACCGAGACACCUUCGAAGACGUAGCUCAGACCCUUCGCAAGGACGACUCACUCACAGAAGCAUUGAAAUACUUCGCACCCUUGCGCGACUGCGAGGAAGCCGAUCAUCCACUGACGGGCCUUUCUGACGAUGUCUGGUUCUGGAUGGGCGUGUGUUAUCAAUAUACAGGCAAGAUCCAGGACGCGAUUUCUUGUUUCGACGUGAUAGUCCAGAAUCGUAGCAACAAACACAAUCAUCAACUGGAAGCUACGGCAAAGCUCGCGAAGCUCUGCGAAGAUGCCGAGGAACUCGACAGGGCGAGGUUCCUCUGCAAUGAUCUAAUCAAGAUCAGUCGUCAUGAUCUGCUGAUUGGCGAAGGGGUGAAGAUGAUACCUGAUGAGGUGCGGAUGAAACCUGUCAUACUGCCUGAACCAUAUAAACAACUUCGCAAGUAUGUGAACCCGCCUAUCAAGCCACGUCUGGAGCCGAACAUGCACUUUAGGCAAUUGCUUCCAGCCGGACCAGCACCAAUUACAUUGAGGGAUGGUAGGAGUAUAGCUCCCACGCCAGUGCCAGUGCUUGACGGCCCCGUGCUGGGCAGCUCUUUCAUGGGCGGUCCAGCAUCUCGGGCAAUGGAGUUGCCUCCCGCAAUGCCUGAGCCUUUCGACCCGUCCAGGAAGUCUAAGCGUGGCCGGGGCAAGCUCGUCGGCAAAUCCAAGGGCCACCGAAGCAUCGUGCAGGCCAUCUGUGGCGAGGUUGAUGGUGACGGUGCUGCAAACGAUAGUGAAGACGAAGAAGAAGAUGGACGUGCGCCCAAGCGACCCCGACUGAGAAGAAAGGCCAAAGCACCGACCCAAGCCGAAAUGAAUGCACAUCGUCGUCUGCAGUUGAUGCAUGAUAUUCAGCAACGCGUGAUGGCGAAUUUUAUGGACGUGCAGGUGCACCGCGCCGCUAUGAAAGCAGGAGAUGAAGAAGCGACCGAUGCUUUCGUGGAGGCCGCUCUGGGCAUGCUCGAUGACUUCACGGACAUGAGGGUCUUCUUCCCUGACCGCGACAAGUAUUUGCGGCUGAAGGAAGGGGACACUGCACGGUACAAUCGUCACGGCAAGAUUCCGGAUGACGCGAAGACGCCUGAGAAGUUCCUUGCCAUACCGUUUACGGACUGGCAUCAUACCUUCUCCGAUCUUGCACUCGUCUAUGCCCGCAAUGCCGAACAGGAUAAAUGCUAUCGUAUUUUGCAAGACGUCCUCGCCGGUGCCAAUGUCUUUUACCACAACAAUCGACUCAAAAUGACGACUUAUGCCGUCUCCUUUUACUGCGGCUUGGCGUUCAACGACAAUCAGUUCAUCAUCGACCUCGCCCGAGACUUGGUCAAGGACUCUGGUGACCGCGGUGGAGAAGCGUAUCAAGUAUUCGCAGCAGUCAAUCGAUUCGCUUUUGGCUCGAACUGGUUCUCUGCGGGACCGACUCAGAAAUGGAUGUUGAGAAUGGUCAAAUCGCACGACUACCUUGCCAUGCCACCGGAAGUACGCGACCGAUUCGACUUUUCACAGCAGACACCCAAUUUGGCCAAGAAGAGCGCGGAACUCAACGGAGAACUACAGGAUCUCGAUGCCGGUGUCUUGCUGCUCUAUGGACACAUGGUUGCGGUCGCGAACCAUAGCUUCUCCGCACUUCCAUACUACUAUCGUGCGUUGGCGCUGGAUCCGGAUAACAUCUGCGUCAAUCUCAGCAUUGCCACCAUGUGGAUCCAGAACAGUAUGAAGCGACAGACCAAUAAUCGACAGUACGGGAUCCAUCAAGGGUUAGCGUUUCUAUUCCGGUACUACGACUUGCGCGUUGCGAGUGGCCUGGCCUGCCACCGACAAGAGGCGGAAUUCAAUGUCGCUCGCAUGUGGCAUUACCUCGGCUUGAAUCAUCUCGCUGUACCCGUCUACGAGAAGGUGUUGGCGUUGAGCGAGCACGUCCAGGCUGAAGCGUGGAGUGAAGAGGGCAGACGGGAAGCCGGGAUCAAAGAGAUGGGUGAUGUGGUGGUGGUGGAGGAUUUCGCGCAGGAAGCUGCUUUUGCGUUGCAGGGUAUAUAUGCCGUGGCUGGUAAUACUGCAGCUGCCAGGAGGGUGACUGAGGAAUGGCUGGUCAUUUGAUCAUGUACACUUGGAGUGCUGUUGCUUCACGAUACCCAUGUAGAUGUUUUACACGCAUCCUCCCCUUUUCCCAACACUGCCAUUUCUAGCCGAGCCGAGCAAUGAUUCUGUUUCAAGCAUAC